AUGAUUUAUCUCAGCGACAUUAUCCAUGAAUCAGAAAGCGACAACGAAGGCCUAAGUAAUAUAAUAACCGACAUGUGCAGACCAGGGCCCAGUAGAAAACAGCAAAAAGAAAACAUGAAGGAACAGACGUUGGAAUUAGAGCUGGAACCAGAGGGGUGUGAGAAGCUUGACGCUCUAGACGAGAAAACCAAGGCGAUAGUAAUGAGCCUGUUUUCAAAGAUGAAGGCAAAGUUAAAGAAAGCGGAGGAAACGGAUGCACAACACAGAACGGUCACAAAGACUAUCCGAAGUUUAUCACCGGGAAAGAUAAAUCCCAAAGGUAUAUUUCGCGACACAGAAACAAACACGGGACUUGUGAACAGAGGGGCUGGUCUUCUUUUGGGCGAACGAGUCAUCGAGCAAAGCGCAAAUAGGGAUAGAAUAUGGGGUGGCACAGAUCACACUAGACCCCAAUUCACGGACUACACACAAGCGACGAACAGCUAUAAUCACCCACGCAGACCACAGAAUGCGCAGCAUAACAUGCUGCCAUCGCUCAGUCAUAUGGCAAGCAACAUCCCGUUUUUUGAUGGUGAUCCAAUCAAUCUGCCACUAUUCUAUAAGGAUGGUGAGGAUGACCACGCAAAUGACUGGCUCAAUUUGCAGACUGGGACAGUCCAGGAAUUUCUUCACGAACUGUCAAGGAGAUACGGCAGCAUCAAGAACGCGGACACACUGAUGGCACAGCUGAAAAUAAUCAGGCAGCAAAGCCGAAAAUCAAUAGAGGACUACAGCGGAAGAGGACAACGACUGUACAAUAGGCUAACGAUGCUGCAUGACUCGAAUCCGAGCCUGUUUCCAAUUCAAAAGCAGGUUCUAAAAGAAAGCUCAGAAGAUAAGGCAGUCAAGCAAUUCACAUACAGCUUGCAUCCAACGUACAGAUGUAAGAUCACAUGCUUGAACCCGAGGACCUUCUGCGAAGCAAUCAUAGAGGCGCUGAAAAUGGAGAGCGAUUUUAGUUUGCGGCAUGCAAUACCGGUGAGUGCACUGCCUACAUAUAAUACGACAACCGAGAUGGGACCCCUAGUAAAUCUAGCAAGCAAGGAAGAAAAAAGAAUGGAGAUCACUAAAGGGGCACAAGGGGCAACAGCAAGUGAAAAACGCUGUAUAUACUGCAAGGGCCAAACCGGACACUCAGUCAAGGAAUGCCGAAGAUUGAUGGCUUUGAUAAAUGACAGGAAAACGUCGAGAGAUAAUGGGAGGGAACCAAAAGAAAACUCCAACUAUUGUCAGAGAUCGGGACAUAAUGUGAUAGACUGCCACUCACAACAUAUGAAUAUUAACAGAAACGCCUAUUACCACGGGAACGGAAAUGACAAUUUGCACAACAAUAAUUACAAUAAUUACAACAGGGGCUAUAACAAUGGCCCUUCGGAGCCGUACUACAGAAAUGAUAACAACUACAACAGAAACAACAAUUACAAUACUGGAAAUAACGGAAGCAACAAUGACAACACUGGAAAUAACGAAAACGGCAAUUACAACAAUAGAAAUAUCAAUUAUUAUGAUAGGAAUAAUUACAAUAACAGGUACAAUAACUAUAAUCCCAGGGGCAGUAAUUAUUACUCCAACCGUGGCUACGGUGACCCUUAUAAUAACAACAACGGAGAAGCAUUCAACCGUUAUAGAAACAACAUUGAAGGGACCCACCGCAGCAAAGAAGCGGCGAAUACGGCCCUGACAAUACGAGAGACGCACCCGUAUCUUUAA